ACAGGGGAAGGGGCUAUAAAUAUUUCCAACCAGACCAGACUCCCAAACCAAGUGUUCGUUGUUGUUUGGUGCGCUACCAAAUUCCCAUCUACCGCUCCACUGCGCCUGCUCUCUUUAACAACUCCCGCUGCUCAUUACCUUUCUAUUCACCUCUUCUCUUCUUUGAUCUUUCUCCCCCGAUCCCGAUCAGGAACAAUGGCACGGAAGAAGAUCAGAGAGUACGAUUCCAAGAGACUGCUCAAGGAGCAUUUCAAGAGGCUCUCCGGCUACGAUUUGCCCAUCAAAUCCGCCCAAGUUAAGGAAUCGACUGAUGUGAUGGCUCUAGCGGAGCAAGAGCCAUGGCUGUUGUCCGAGAAACUGGUGGUGAAACCGGACAUGCUGUUUGGGAAGCGUGGCAAGAGUGGGCUGGUGGCCCUGAAUCUGGAUCUGGCUCAAGUUGCUUCCUUUGUUAAGGAGCGGCUGGGCAAGGAAGUUGAGAUGGGGGGAUGCAAAGGGCCCAUCACCACCUUCAUUGUCGAGCCGUUCAUUCCUCACCAGCAGGAGUUCUACCUCAACAUUGUCUCAGAUAGGCUUGGAUGCAGCGUUAGCUUCUCGGAAUGUGGAGGGAUUGACAUUGAAGAGAACUGGGAUAAGGUCAAGACGAUCUUUGUCCCAACUGGGGAGGCAUUAACUUCCCAAGUCUCUGCACCACUCAUUGCAACAUUGCCUUUGGAGGUAAAAUUCUUUAUGGGUGUCCUGAGAUUAGUUUUCUUGUUUGGUGUUUUAGAUCUGGACUUUACUUUCCUUGAGAUGAAUCCUUUCACUCUAGUUGAUGGAAAGCCUUACCCUUUGGACAUGAGGGGAGAGCUGGAUGACACUGCUGCUUUCAAGAAUUUCAAGAAGUGGGGCGACAUUGAGUUUCCAUUGCCAUUUGGGAGAGUGAUGAGUGCCACAGAGAGCUUCAUCCACACACUAGAUGAGAAGACAAGUGCAUCUUUGAAAUUCACUGUUCUGAAUCCAAAGGGCCGGAUCUGGACCAUGGUGGCUGGUGGGGGUGCCAGUGUGAUCUAUGCUGACACGGUUGGAGAUCUUGGCUAUGCUUCCGAGCUUGGAAACUAUGCGGAGUACAGUGGGGCUCCUAAUGAAGAGGAAGUGCUGCAGUAUGCCAGAGUUGUGAUUGAUGUGAGACCUUCCUACACCUAUUGCCUCUGAUUAUGAUGGAUGGAUUCCUUAAGAUAGAUAUUCACAUUAGUCCUUUUGGAUGAACAAUGCUCCAUUUUUGUCUUUGUGUAUGUGUUACAGUGUGCAACAUCUGAUCCUGAUGGCCGGAAGAGAGCUCUUGUCGUUGGAGGAGGGAUCGCAAAUUUCACUGAUGUUGCCGCCACAUUCAAUGGCAUAAUCCGAGCUCUGAAGGAGAAGGAAUCCAAGCUUAAAGCUGCUAGGAUGCACAUAUUUGUAAGAAGAGGAGGUCCUAACUACCAGAAGGGGCUUGCCAGAAUGAGGGCUCUUGGGGAAGAAAUCGGCAUCCCCCUUGAGGUUUAUGGGCCAGAGGCAACCAUGACUGGAAUCUGCAAGCAGGCUAUUGAGUGCAUAUCUGCUGCUGCAUAAGUGGAGCUGCCAUCACUAAAGUUCUCACCCAGUUUCUGGCUGCCGAUAUUUUCUUAAUGUUUGCUUUUUUCUCUGUUGUUGUAUCUUUGAACCUCAAAGGAAAAGUUUGCAUUUCCCAUUUUCUGUUCUUUUUAGACGGAAUCUGCAGCAAAAAGUGUUAUCGUUUGCGAUUGUCAUGAAUAAAAAUUAAAAAGAGUGUUUCUUUUUUCGUGGGAAUCUGAUCAUUCGACUGUUGCACGCCCUUGUGACCACGUUUUUAUAGAUUGGCUUGUGAGCAUUUUUUUUUUGGGUAAAACUUGUGGGCAUUUUAGUAUGCUAG